GGCUGCCUCUUCUGUCGCCGCUCCAAGCAGCCGGUGGACGUUGAGAUCACCUCCAGUGCGCCGCCCCUCGAGGUGACGGCGCCAGCGCCGGCUCACCAUGAGGAGGUCACCCUCCUGGAGCAGCCAGCCGCCCAGAAGAGCCCUGGGCGCGGCAGGGCGCCGGCAGGAACCGCGGAGGCGCCGGAGCUGGUCCCGUUCGGCCCGUUCUACGCGAGGCACUUUCGGCAGCUGGACCCGGCGUCCUUGCGCAACAUCUACCGCAGUUUCCCCCAGAGGAGCACGCACGCCGCGCGGGAGCACGCGGUCUUCUCCGUGGCCCUGUCCAGACAGGCCGGCGACAUACUGGGCGUGGACCUCGAUUUCACGGACGGGUUCUCCGCUAG